CGCGCACGACGUCUCCCCUCUAUUGUUAUGGUGUCGUGCGCGUGAGGAACGGCCAGGAUGCACGAGGAGACAGCAAGACCGAUCAAAUGAUGAAGCUAGUGUGAGACACUUAAGCUAGCGCAGUGUUUUUUUUGCGUAUGAGGCAUUCGCGCCAUUUAGCAGCGAUUCAUGGAAGUGUCGCCGGUGUGAUAGACAGUGCUAAUAGGCAGCUAAUGCAGAGGCGAGUAAACAUUCCGACUAGCUGGUCAACGCCACUCAGUCCACUCGAAGCAGCUCAGCGGUCUUUCUGUUCAAGUUCUUCUCUUCUCUCCGUCUGAUGUGGACUGAUUCAGAACUGGGCCAUCAUGAUCCCAGUGAAGCUUCUGGUCACUCAUUGGCUGACCAACUUAAUACAAGCAUCAUGUCAGUGAACCCUCCGAGUAGCAAUGACGCCUGCCUCAGCAUCGUCCACAGCCUCAUGUGCCAUCGGCAGGGCGGCGAGAACGAGGGCUUCGCUAAGCGGGCCAUCGAGAGCCUGGUCAAGAAGCUGAAGGAGAAGAAAGACGAGUUGGACUCACUCAUCACUGCUAUCACCACCAAUGGCGUCCACCCGAGCAAGUGUGUCACCAUUCAGAGGACGCUUGAUGGACGACUACAGGUGGCAGGGAGGAAAGGUUUUCCUCAUGUGAUUUAUGCACGGCUGUGGCGCUGGCCUGACCUCCACAAAAAUGAACUCAAGCAUGUCAAGUUCUGCCAGUAUGCCUUUGACCUGAAGUACGACAACGUGUGCGUAAACCCCUACCAUUAUGAGAGGGUGGUGUCUCCAGGCAUUGUUGGUCUAAGUCUUCAUAACACAGCGCCACCCAGUGGUCUGAUCAAAGAAGAGUACAUUCAUGACUGUAUACAGAUGGAUCUUCCACCCGGCAUGCCGCUCUCUGACCACCAAGCAACGCUGAAGAUGCCUCCUCCAGACCACUACGGCCAACCCCUGCCUCCUCCCCAUCUGGCCUCCGAGCCUCAUGGACCCCCACCGGUCACCAGAUAUACACAGCUGCCUGUCUCACCCAAAGUGUCAAACUCUGGCAUCAUGCUGCCACUACAGGCUAGUCACGUUGAUGGCCGCCCUCAGACUGCUUCCCCACAGCUUCAAGUUAUGACUCAAGCACCAUGUUCCCCGACUCCAAAUCAACCCCCUCCUCAGCAACAAGGUCCUCAACCCCCGCACCCACAACAACCCUCUCUACCUCCUCCUCAAUCUCACGGUCAAAAUGGAUACAGCAGCAGCAAACACUCACAGAGCCAGGCUGCCUUCCACACGGUGUGGACAGGCAGCAGCACAGCCUCCUAUACUCCGAUAGGACCCCUGCAGAAUGGUCGUGGUCAUCAGCCAACAUCCCUUCACCAUCCAAACCAACAUUGGUCUCAGCAUCAUGGUUCAACCUCUUUCCCCGCUUCUGUGUCCAAUCAUCCAGGACCAGAGUUUUGGUGCUCGAUCUCGUACUUUGAAAUGGACGUUCAGGUGGGUGAGAUGUUUAAGGUGCCCUCCAGCUGCCCUGUGGUGACGGUGGACGGUUAUGUCGACCCAUCGGGAGGCGACCGCUUCUGCCUUGGCCAGCUGAGUAAUGUUCAUCGCACAGAUGCCAGUGAGAGAGCCCGCUUACACAUCGGUAAAGGGGUGCAGCUGGAAUGUCGUGGCGAGGGUGACGUGUGGAUGCGGUGUAUGAGCGACCAUGCUGUGUUUGUACAGAGCUACUAUCUUGACAGGGAAGCAGGGCGAGCCCCAGGUGAUGCUGUGCACAAGAUCUACCCCGGAGCCUACAUCAAGGUGUUUGACCUACGGCAGUGCCACAGACAGAUGCAGCAGCAGGCAGCGACAGCUCAGGCUGCCGCUGCUGCACAGGCGGCUGCAGUGGCAGGAAAUAUACCUGGACCGGGCAGUGUUGGAGGCAUAGCACCUGCAGUCAGUCUGUCUGCAGCAGCAGGGAUUGGAGUGGAUGACCUCCGGCGACUAUGUAUCUUGCGGCUCAGCUUUGUCAAGGGCUGGGGGCCCGACUAUCCCAGGCAGAGCAUCAAACACACGCCGUGCUGGGUGGAGGUCCAUCUUCACCGUGCUUUGCAGCUUCUGGAUGAGGUGUUGCAUACGAUGCCAUUAGCUGAUCCAGGGCCUGCUAACUGAGAAUCUUUAUGCUGAAAUUUAGAUCUGGAUUAUUUGAAUGUGCACACACAGACCCCCAAUCCUUUAGAUAUGUUUGCUUUGUACCAAAUAGCUUCUCUAAAAGAAAGGAAUUCCAAUGAAAAUACAGACGACAAACUAAAAUGGCCAACAACCCUUUUAAUGCUUGUAACAAUCAAUUUACACUGCACUCUACACUGACAUAUUCUCACAUAGGUCGACAUCAGACAAAAAGCUUCGCACGACAUUUCGUAGAUUCCUACGCUCCUCCGAAAUGAGUGUCACAAGGGUGAGUCACAUGGUACUGACAUACCACAGCAAAAACGAAUGCUGUCAACUAGUUGUCUUUUGAGACGACAACACUAUAUUGUGUCUAAAAUAUAAUGGCAACAUUUCAAUGCAGCUGGGGAUAGGAGAUAUUAUUUUUAUAAAUUGAUUCUAAACUGUUUGUGAUAAGCUACUAACUGCUACACAAACACACGGAACAAAAACAAUGAGCAUAGGGACGCUUUAUUACCGAAAACUCCACAUCUCCCUUUCUGCACUUAGAAUUUUCCCUGUUUGGAUUGGCAUCAUGCAGUUUUAUCAAUUUAAACCGUAUAAGGUACAGAACAAUGCAGGAUUCUUCGCAGGAGUCCAUAUCACAAUUGAGUACCUCUCGAAAAGGAUGUCUGAAGACAAACAGCAUUAUUUUUCUCUUCGUGUCGUAUGAACAACUGAAGUGAUGUGUAAAUAUGGAUGAGGGAAGAAAGUGUUUUGUCACCUCUGUGCUUGUACCGUGCUCGUCACUGUCUGUUGACCUGAACUCGAGCUUGUUGGUCCUCUGAGUAUUCUCUGCUCAAGUGUGUGUGUGUGCGUGUAUAUUUAUAUAUGUGUAUAUGUAUAUAUGUGUGUGUAUAUAUGUGUGUGUGUGUGUAUGUAUAUAUAUAUAUAUAUAUAUAUAUAUAUAUACAUAUGUGU